AUGGAUUUCAUUCUCUCUCUCACGCACUUCUGCGAGGUGCAUGGCCCCACGUCCAUCCUCUGCUCGCAGGUCCUCCCAUUCGCAUGUACGCAAUGUCACCCCGAACAUGACGCUUCCUCGCCCCGCGAUCCCUCCAAAUCACCUUCUCUCUCCGAGGCCGGCAGCUCGAAGUCUCCCAAGAUCGAAGAUCACCCGUAUUUCCUGCGCCCGCAAGUGUCUUCGCCUGAAGACCGAUCCGACCGAUCCAGCCGCGUCGGCGGAACAGACGGCGAUUCCUGCGCCAGCUGUAGCCUGUCUCUCCCCGAAGAUGUGAGCAAGCAGCUCCCCUCCGGUGCUCCUGGAAGCCGCGACGCAAAGGGCAACAACGGAAGCCCGGUGUUACGCUCACGCGAGGUCGUCUAUUCCUGUGGAAACAGUCACUCCGACGACGAUUACACCCCAGAUCCCCAUUCCCACGCCUCCCCUCCUGAUUCACUACACUCAUCAUCGGUCGCAUCUGACGCAUCAUGUCACACACACAUCCUGACCUACCUUUCACUUCGUGGUCCACCGAAUCCCGCGGACUACGCCCUUCUCCGCCGCUCCUCAAUUCGCACUCUGAGCUGCGAGCUGCUACCCCGCGGACUAUCUUCCGGGCCAUUGUGCUUCGGUGACUCCGUUGCGGGCUACACUAUUGCAUACAUCUUCCGUCUUCCCGAUCCGAUGGCACGCGGAAAGCGACGCAGUUACGCCCUAGUGGCACUCGCCGGAAAAGACGCAGGAAGAGCGUUUCGGGCGUGUCCUGUGAUCUGGCGCGCAUUCGGCCGCAUCGCAUCCAGUAUUGUGAACGCGGCCGAGCGCUUCCAAGAGGAAGAGAAGCGCCGCGAAGAACAGACCAAUCCUGGAAACACUGCGCACCAUCGACAAUACACGCCGGUUUCUUCCUUCCUUACGGGUCGUGCCAUGGACCCGACCGGACAGCCGCGGCGCCUCGGUCAAAUCCGGGCCCGCAACUUGGCUGAGAUUGUCGGCAACGAAUACAUCUUUGCCGAACUUCACGCGCACUUUGUCGCUCUCCUGCAGCAACUCGGUAACAUGUUCGGAGGGGUACCUAUCUCCGAUGAACGCUUUGUUUGCAGCACAAUGGGUGACGACGAGAGCACUUCUCCCCAACCGAUGUUUGUCUCGAAGAAGCGCCAGUCUGUUUCGAAGCACGAUGGUAACGAGCUCGACAUGGCCAAUCUCGACAUCUCCCCCGGCCCGAAACCCAUCCCUAUCAAGACUCGUCGGUCUGUCGUGGCCUAG